AUGGCUUCCCCACGUGCCAAGGCCGGAGCCUCGCGCUCGGUCAAAUCCUCCAACCCUCCUACGCGUCGCGGCUACACGUCACUACAGAAUCCACCGGUCGAACAUUCAACGUCAGAGAGCAGUUGGGGACAAAAUGAUGGCCUUGACACUCCUUCGAGUGGAGAUGAAUCCUCUGAGCAGGCCUAUAUAAAACUUCGACCUUUGAAACACGGCAGAGCUCGAGAUGCACGACCCUCGAGCUCCAAAACAAAUGGCCCGACCCCCACUCCCAUUGAUGUCCCCGACGAUGAGCGUGACAUUUCAAAGCGCAUAAAAGAUCUUCUUGAGGCGGAUCGAACCGUGCUGUCGCAUUCAUUCGCUACAGAUUUAGAGGAAGGACACUCGGACAGAGACUCUCUGCUUCUCAGUGAUCGAUACAGUGACGACUAUGGCGUCCCACCUGAUAAGGGCUUGCUUUUGAAAGAUAGGGAGGGUGAAGAUGGGGAGAAAAACUUCGACUGGAGGUCGUUAUUCCGUCUGCACUCGUGGUGGAAUGUUGCGGGCAUGUUGACAAUCGCGAUCCUGGUGGUAUGGUUGUCGAUCAGGGGUCUACCCUGGUCAUCUGCCAGUGCCGCCAUUGGUGAAUUUCAAACUGUCCCCUGGUACCCUACUCCCCUCGGUGGAACAAGCGAGCGAUGGAAGGACAGUUACAUCAAGGCACAAGAAAUGGUGAGAAAAAUGACCCUCGCCGAAAAGGUGAACGUCACUACUGGAACAGGCUGGCAAAUGGGUCUCUGUGUUGGAAAUACGGGACCUGCCGAACUCGUCAAAUUCCCUUCCCUUUGCCUACAAGACGGCCCACUCGGCCUCAGAUUUGCGCAAAACAUUACAGCUUUCCCCGCAGGGAUCACUACGGGCGCGACAUGGAACCGCGAGCUUAUGAAAAUGCGAGGCUUGGCUCUAGGAAACGAAGCGCGGCUGAAAGGCGUGAAUAUCAUCCUUGGUCCAUCCAUGGGACCGCUCGGCAUGAUGCCUGCCGGUGGGCGUAAUUGGGAGGCAUUUGGUUCAGAUCCAGUUUUGCAAGGCGUGGCUGCGGCAGAAACCAUUCGCGGUAUCCAGCAGAACGGAGUCAUGGCCACGGCGAAACACUUUAUUGGAAAUGAACAAGAACACUUCCGUCAGGCAUUAGAAUGGGGUACUCCAACUGCAUUGUCGUCGAAUAUUGAUGAUCGCGCAUUGCACGAGGUCUUUGCCUGGCCCUUCGCUGAGAGUGUACGUGCCGACGUGGCUAGCGUCAUGUGCUCCUACCAAAUGGUCAACAACAGCUAUGCUUGCGAGAAUAGUAAGCUCAUCAAUGGAAUUCUGAAAGAUGAGAUGGGGUUCCAAGGGUUCGUGCAGUCAGACUGGCUGGCUCAGCGUUCAGGCGUUCACAGCGCCAUCGCGGGCCUGGAUAUGAGCAUGCCCGGUGACGGCCUCAGUUGGGCCGACGGUAUCCCUGUCUGGGGGACUGAAUUGACUCGGGCAGCAUUGAACACAUCUGUCCCUAUGGCGCGCCUGAACGAUAUGGUUACUCGCAUCGUGGCCGCCUGGUACCAUUCCGGACAGGACUCAUGGGAACCUCCUGCUCCUGAGGGCGACGGUGGGCCGAACUUCUCGUCCUGGACGAAGGAGCGAGUUGGACAUUUGCACGAAGGCUCACCGGAUAAUGAUGCAACCGGCGUGGUCAACAAAUUUGUCGACGCACAGGGAACAGCCGAUCACGCUCAUUCCAUUGUUGCUCGCCAGAUCGCUGCAGAAGGCACUGUGCUUUUGAAAAACAUCAAUAAUACCCUUCCACUCUCGCGGAAAAAUCCCACACCCAAUGGCAAGCACCGGGUCGGUGUAUACGGCGAAGACGCUGGCCCCGGCCAAGGACCAAACUCUUGUGUUGACCGAGGAUGUAAUCAAGGAACCUUGGCAUCUGGUUGGGGUAGUGGAGCUGUAGACUUCCCAUACUUGGUCAGUCCAUGGGAAGCACUGCAGCAUGCGUGGUCGAAAGACUCUGUCGACGUUAAAGCCUACUUGACGAACAAUGUUGCACCCCAAGACCUCACAGAGCAGGAUCUCUGUCUGGUCUUUGUGAACGCAGAUGGCGGCGAAGGGUUUAUCCGCAGUGGUGAGAUUGAUGCAGACCGAAAUGACCUGUUCCUACAAAAGAACGGCACUCAAUUGGUGGAGGGUGUAGCCCAGCACUGCGGCGGUGGCCAAGGCAAAACAGUCGUAAUUGUACACUCUAUUGGCCCCGUCGUGAUGGAGUCUUGGAUUGACCUUCCUGGUGUACACGGUGUACUGUAUGCCAAUCUACCCGGGCAAGAAAGCGGGAAUGCGUUGGUGGACGUUCUAUUUGGAGAUGUAGACGCCAGUGGACGACUGCCAUACACGAUCGGACGAAGCCUAGAAGACUACGGCCCAGGGGCACAAGUCCUGUACGAGCAUCCAGACUCAUCCGUUCCCCAAGUCGACCUGGAUCAGGGCCUGUAUAUCGAUUACCGUUAUUUCGACAAAUUCAACAUCACUCCUCGGUUCGAGUUUGGCUUCGGCCUGUCAUACACAACCUUUGACUACACUGCCCUAAGCAUUGAAAAACUGCAGAAGAAGUCGCAGUGGCCUUCCAAACGGCCCGCAAACGAAGUCGAACCUCCUGCAUACGAUAACAAACAGGACAACCCCGCCAACAAUUUAUUCCCUCCAGGUUUCCGUGCACUCCGCAAAUACAUCUAUCCUUAUCUCACCACCCUGGAAGGAACCGAGCCUGGCCCAUACCCAUACCCGGAAGGAUAUACCAAAUCUCAGAACCCAUCUGCCGCAGGCGGCGGACCAGGAGGGAAUCCAUCCCUCUACGAGCCCAUACUCGAGGCCACCAUCGAAGUGACAAACACCGGCACGCGCACAGGACAAGAUGUGAUACAGGUAUAUGUUUCCUUCCCUGACGAUGUUGCCGAGCACCGUGGACUGGGCUGGUCCCGUGAGUCAAUUGAGUUCCCUGAGCGUGUCCUACGGAAUUUUUCGAAAGUCCUCCUGCAACCAGGUGAGACUAAAAAUGUCAAGAUGACGUUGACCCGGAAGGACCUCAGCUAUUGGAGUGUUCGCGCGCAGAACUGGGUGCUGCCUAUAGAAGGCAAAUUCCGUAUCUGGGCGGGGCGGAGCUCUAGGGAUUUACCCCUGGUGGUCGAGUUUUGA